AUGUUAGGUAGACGGCUCUUCCUGAGUAGUAGAGGAUUCUUCCAGAAGCAAUUGGUUGAAAAAUGCCCACCCCCUACGUUUGAUACAGGCUGUACCUUUUGUGGUAUUCCUUCAUUUCCAAAGGACAAGCAAAUCGACUUUGAUAGAGACUUGGCAGGUACCAGAGCAGAUAACUGGAAACAUUUGUUGAUACUAUCUUCAGGUUUGACGCAUGAUCAAUGGCCAAGUAAAAUUGAACUCCAACCGGGAGCUUUAUCAACAGAAUUGACACACCUAAAACGGUCCCUAGGCUCGCCCAAUCAUCCUGUGGCAAUUUCUAAUAUUGAUAUGGGUACAGUACCACAUUAUCAAAAAUUUGCAAAUAAUGAGCCUGAUGGCAUGCAUACGGUUUUACUAUAUCCAGAUAAUAAGUUAAUUAGGUUUGAUAAGCAAAAAACUGAAGAGUUUUUCAAAACUUACUUAAGACCAAAAGGUGAACCAAUUAAAUUACCAUACAAUCCAUUCAGACGAAUGGCACCUACCAUAACUGAACCUCUUGUUGGAGCAGACGAAGAAGUAGUGGGAAAAUUUCAUGAAGAGGAUUUCUGUAGAGAAUUGGUAUUGAUAUGCGGUCAUUCAAAGAGAGAUAUAAGAUGUGGAGUAUUGGCUCCAAUUUUAAAGGAAGAAUUUGUCAAAGUGCUUGAGGCUAAAGAAGUUGAGAGCGUUGACGUAGGGUAUAUCAGCCACAUUGGAGGGCAUGCUUAUGCCGGAAACGUACUAUACUUUGGAAAUUCGGCAUUCGAAUCAACAGUAUGGUAUGGAAGAGUAUUCCCCGACAAAGUUCAAGGAAUAGUGGAGGAAACUGUCAUAAAUGGAAACGUAAUUAAAGAGUUAUAUAGAGGUUAA